CGCAUGCGCGGUUCAUUCGCGUCGUGCCCCCACUCCUCCCCAAUGGCAGUAUUAUGAGACAAGCUAUCCUUAAGGUUAAAACGUGUCAAUCGUACCCGCUUACGUAAUUUACUUGUCGGUCACUCCGAGACAACAGAGGCUUCUCGUGCCCUCGAAGAGAAAACAGUAGCAGAAAGUCACCAGCUGUGGCGAGAUGUUCCCAGCUAGCAGAUACUCGAGUAAAGCCCACAGGUGUAUCAGGGCUUUGAAGACGGUGCAGGGAGAGCACACGUCACCUCAGCUGUACACGACAUUACACAGACGGAGCUGCUCCUCGGCGUCUGCGCCUCGCAUCACAACACACUACACCGUACACCCUCGGGACAAAGAUCCAAGAUGGGAAGGCGUGGAAAUGGAAAGGUUCGCGGACGAGGCGGACGUGGUGAUCGUGGGAGGGGGUCCCGCCGGUCUGUCGGCCGCCAUUCGCCUCAAGCAGCUAGCUAACGAGCAGGAGAAGGAGCUGCGCGUGUGCCUGGUGGAGAAGGCUUCUCAAAUGGGGGAGCACACGCUGUCGGGGGCCUGCCUGGAGCCCAGCGCGCUCCACGAACUCUUCCCCGAUUGGAAGGAACGAGGGGCUCCGCUCAACACGCCAGUGACGGAGGAUAUCUUCAACAUUUUGACAGAGAAGCACAGGAUCCCCGUGCCCAUGUUGCCAGGUCUGCCCAUGAGGAAUCAUGGCAACUACAUAGUGCGACUGGGCAACUUUGUCCGCUGGCUGGGCGAGCAGGCCGAGGAGCUCGGGGUGGAGUUGUAUCCCGGUUAUGCCGCCUCCGAGGUUUUGUUCCAUGAAGACGGAAGCGUCAAAGGAAUAGCCACCAACGACGUCGGCAUCGCCAAAGACGGUUCACCGAAGGACAUCUUUGAGCGGGGGAUGGAGCUCCACGCGAAGGUGACGUUGUUUGGAGAGGGAUGUCACGGCCAUCUCGCCAAGCAGCUCUACAAGCGCUUCAACCUGCGGGAAAACUGCGAGCCGCAGACGUACGCCAUCGGUCUCAAGGAGGUGUGGAGCAUCGAUGAGAAGAAGUGGCGUCCGGGCCGAGUGGAGCAUUCGGUGGGCUGGCCUCUCAACAGGAACACGUACGGCGGAUCCUUCCUGUAUCACCUCAACGAAGGCGAGCCCCUGGUGGCUCUGGGCUUUGUGGUGGGUCUGGACUACUCCAACCCUUACCUGAACCCCUUCCGGGAGUUCCAGCGAUGGAAGCAUCAUCCUUUUGUCGCCCCCACACUGGAGGGAGGCAACAGGAUCGCGUACGGAGCCCGCGCCCUGAACGAGGGUGGCUUCCAGUCUGUCCCCAAACUGACGUUCCCGGGCGGCCUACUGAUCGGCUGCAGCCCCGGCUUUAUGAACGUGCCAAAGAUCAAAGGAACGCACACGGCCAUGAAGAGCGGCAUGCUGGCAGCGGAGACCAUUUUCCCACAAUUGGUGGCAGCGGCUGAAAACGGCGGGUCGGAGACCGCAGGUCUGCAUGUUCCCGAGUACGCAGAGGCCCUGAAGGCAUCGUGGGUGUGGAAGGAGCUCCACUCCGUUAGGAACAUCCGUCCGUCCUUCCACAACUACUUUGGCCUGUAUGGCGGCAUGGUCUACACAGGACUCUUCUACUGGAUCCUGAGGGGCAAAGAGCCAUGGACACUAAAACACUGCGGCCGCGACGCCGACCAGCUGAAGCCAGCCAAAGACUGCACACCCAUCGAGUACCCCAAGCCUGAUGGGAAGAUCAGCUUUGACCUGCUUUCCUCCGUGGCGCUCAGCGGCACCAACCACGAGGGGGACCAGCCCGCGCACCUUACCCUCAUGGACGACAACGUGCCUGUCGACAGGAACCUCGCCAUCUACGACGGGCCUGAACAACGCUUCUGCCCGGCAGGCGUGUACGAGUACGUUCCCGUGGAAUCGGGCGACGGCAUGCGGCUGCAGAUCAACGCUCAGAACUGUGUACACUGUAAGACGUGCGACAUCAAGGACCCCAGCCAGAACAUCAACUGGGUAGUUCCCGAGGGUGGAGGCGGACCGGCCUACAAUGGAAUGUAAACACUGGCCCGGCCACCGUUUCAGGAAAAUACGGUAAACUUGAACCACGACCGAAAGAAUAUUCAGGGCCUCUCGCCAGUAAAAAUGUGCCUCUUGUUGCUUUUAUACUGUCAAAAGUUUGGAUAUGCUGUCUCAUUGUAUCACAAGUGUGGUCAAACUUUUGACUGGUAGUGUAUCUAUGUAUGUACUGUAUGGACACAAAUCAUGUUUAAAGAGCCCGGAUUUUAUUUAUGAUGUGACACGACCGCUACCACACAAAAAAAGUGAGGCUUCAACAUAUUUGCAUAGUAGUGGCCUUCAAGUAUAUUAAAUAUGGACUUGCGGAUUGCAUUUUUGAUAAGUUAACAUUUAUUCCUGGUACAUUUUGUUGUACUUUACAUAAUGUCACAUCAGUGAAUAAACUAGUUGACUGUU